AUGACCGAAUACUCGAAUUCGGUGUUAUCGGGAUUACAUCCUAUAUCUGGAGCACUUGUAAUUUCAGGAUUUAAUGGAAGGUCGUAUAAUGAUCACAUCUCACUUCUUAAAUCUUUGGUGUUUGCCGUUCUCAAAGGAAUUGAUUAUAAAAUCCCGUCCGACGUUGCUAGCAUACACGGCACUCAUCGAUGA